GUCAAAAUUUCUAGGACGGCCAUCAUGACGUUGCGGAGGCGCUUGGACUUUGCCUUGUCAGCGGUUGAUUCUGGACGAAGACCAUCAUGGCGUCCCCACUUAGGAUCCUCGUGGGCUGCAAGAGAGUAAUUGACUAUGCUGUGAAGAUCAGGAUCAAACCAGACAAAUCUGGAGUUAUUACUGAUGGAGUGAAGCAUAGUAUGAAUCCCUUUGAUGAAAUUGCAGUUGAAGAGGCCAUAAGGCUCAAAGAGAAGAAAAUUGCAUCAGAAGUUGUUGCCCUGAGUCUUGGACCAGCCAAGAAUGAAGAAACAAUAAGAACUGCUUUGGCCAUGGGUGCUGACAGAGGGAUCCAUGUUGUUGUUGCUGACAAAGAUUACCCAGGGUUGCAACCCCUUGCAGUUGCCAAAAUGAUGGCAAAAGUUGUGGAGCAGGAAAAAGCUGAUUUAGUCAUUCUCGGAAAACAGGCCAUUGAUGAUGAUUCUAACCAGACAGCCCAAAUACUAGCUGGUCUUCUUGACUGGUCACAGGCCACAUUUGCUUCGAAAAUAGAAAAAGACAACGGAUAUUUACGCGUCACAAGAGAAAUCGACGGUGGCCUAGAAACUAUUAAAGUUAAACUUCCAUGUGUUGUAAGCGCCGAUUUGAGGCUAAAUGAACCAAGAUAUGCGACUUUACCUAAUAUUAUGAAAGCGAAAAAGAAGAAAAUCGACAAGAAGAAACCCGAAGAUCUUGAUGUCGAUAUCAAACCUCACUUUGAAACGUUGUCGGUCGAGGAUCCUCCUGUGAGGGAGGCUGGAAUCAAGGUUGAAGACGUUGAAUCCCUGAUCGCUGCCCUCAAGAAGCAGGGACUUAUAAAAGGAUAGUGACAAUUGAUGAUUAGCUACCUAUUCAAUAACCCCUAGUGUCGAAAAUGUUCAUUGUCUUUCUUCUAAAAAUCGGUGAUUUGUAUAGUUCAUAUUGUAUGCACUUUGUCUUUAUAAUAUCUCUUCAGUUUGGUGAAA